GUCAUAAGUCACAGAGCAUCUCAAUAGAACCUAUUUUCUUAGACAUCAUCCAGAAAUGAAAUUGAACAGUAAACUACAAGCAAGACUCUUAAGGCAUAUUUGUCAUACACAAAUUUGUACUUGCCUGAGAAAGAAAUUUAAUUAUCUGACUAAAGUGGCGAAAACAGUGGAAAUAAACAGUUUAUUCAGAUUAGAUGACUAAAAUCUCCCUACUCUGCUACACACUAGCCUUCAUAAACAAGAAAAAUGAAAGCAAAAGAUGAAGAAUAAGAUGUUUGGUCAGAAUGCAAAAGAUGAAAAUCAUGUUUUCUACUUUAAAGCCUCCUACUACAACAAGGCUUAACCAUAUCAGCAAAUCAGUGAAUAAGUUCUUCAUCAACAAAAUAACUAAAAUUAGAAACAAAUUUUUUUGACUUAAGGAUACUAAAAUACUCAGGCUGUUGCUAAGUUAGAGCUAUAAUCUAUCAUUAUUAUGGUAUUAAAAAACAUUUGCACGUUGCUAGGUAAUCUUUUUCGAUACAAAAACUUCAAAAAGCAAAUAAUAUUUGCAUGAACAAGCAAAACUUUCAUCCAAAGAUACAACAUAUAAACAAAAAGUGACAUCUAAAACGAAUAUUUAACGCUGAACUCAUCCUAGGUGUACUGCAAAGCUAAAGUUUUGGGGGGUAACCUCGCUGUUCUCUAACAAAGGUUUUCGUACCGUUCUCCACCCUUUAAAUAUUUAAAGCUAACUAAGCUAUUGAAAGAAACAUAUACAAUUCCCUCAAUCUAAAACAAACCAAGUUCAACCAAUAAGCAAUAAAUAGCAACUUCCCCCCAUUUCCUGUUACUUUCGGUGCAGAAAAUGAUUUCUUGGAGUGAUGUUUAUCAUGUCCUAUCUGCAACAGUUCCACUAUAUGUUGCCAUGAUCUUAGCGUACAUAUCCAUCAAAAGGCUGAAGCUCUUCACGCCAGACCAGUGCUCUGGUAUUAAUAAGUUUGUAACGAAAAUUGCCAUCCCACUAUUAUCCUUCAAAGUGAUAUCACGUACUGAUCCUUAUCAUAUGAGCCUGAAACUCAUAAUUGCAGACACCAUCCAAAAACUAUCCUCCUUAAUAGCAUUGGCAAUUGUCGGCAAACUUAGUUCCAAGGGGAACUUGGGUUGGGUAAUAACUAGUUUUUCUUUGGCUACACUUCCGAACACUUUAAUCGUGGGAAUUCCAUUACUGAAAGGCAUGUAUGGGGAAGAAGCAGCUAUUCUUCUUUCACAGAUAGUAGGAUUACAGAGCAUAAUAUGGUACAAUCUACUACUGUUUCUCUAUGAGUUCAGAGCAGCAGAGGGAGUUUCUGCAAAUUCUCCACUAGAAGCAAGAGAGGAACUGGAAGAUCCGCCUGAAUUACAAUCAAAAGAGGGACAUAACAAAUCAAAAGAUACAACCAUAACAAAAACCAAAACCAUUCUGUUGACAGUGGGGAAGAAGUUCAUGUGGAAUCCUAACACUCAUGCAACUUUGCUUGGUCUUAUCUGGGCAAUCAUAAGCUUCAGGUGGAAUAUAAAACUUCCAGAAAUCAUUGAAAAAUCAAUAUCAAUAUUAUCAGAUGGAGGACUAGGCAUGGCCAUGUUCAGCUUAGGACUAUUCAUGGCAUCACAGACUAGCAUAAUAGCAUGUGGGACUAAAUUGGCAGCCUUAGCAGUGGGAACAAGGUUCUUGAUAGGACCUGCCCUAAUGGCAAUUCCCUCCCUUGCAAUUGGAUCAAGGGGAAAGCUGCUCAAGAUAUUAAUCGUGCAGGCAGCUCUUCCUCAAGGAAUUGUUCCAUUUGUGUUUGCGAAGGAAUACAACUUACAUCCGAACAUCUUAAGCACUGCGGUUAUUCUCGGCCUGCUCAUUGCAUUACCUAUAGCUUUGGCCUACUACUUCUUACUAGAAUUGUAACUGAAUAGUGCUUAAGCAUAGCAAAAAUAAAUCAUCAAACAAAGAGGAGGCGCAUAACAAGGUUAAUAUCAACAAUAAAGACAAUAAUGUUGCAUUUCUUUUCUUUACUUCUUUAGAAGUUGACAACAACCAGGAAACUGCUCUAAGAAAUAACGGCACAAAUCCAUUCAGAUUGUGUUUAUAUUUUACUUGUAAAUGACAAUGUGAAAGAAUUUGCUACAUGCAUAUUACUAUGGACA